UCCGCGGCGCACUACCCACUCCACUCCCCCCCUACUCGGCUACUCCCCAGUCCCCACUCCACCCGAUGGCCGGCGGCCGCCCGUUCCGGCCGUCCGCGCCUCGCCGCGCCGCGUUCGCCGCCCUGCUGACGCUCCUGCUCCUGGCGUCCCUCGCAUUCCUCCUCUCCUCCGGCCCCCCCGCCGCCUCCUCCCGCUCAUCCUCGGCAUCGUCCCCGCCGUCCCGCCUCGCCGCCAUCCGCCGCCACGCCGCGGACCACGCGGCCGUCCUUGCCGCCUACGCCGCCCACGCGCGCAAGCUCAAGGAGGCCUCGGCCGCGCAGUCGCUCUCCUUCUCCGCCCUCUCCUCCGACCUCUCCGCGCUCUCCUCCCGCCUCGCCUCCCGCGGCCCCCUCCCGGAGGACGCCCGCAGGCCCCUCGAGAAGGAGGCCCGCGAGCGCAUCAAGCACGCCCGCCUCCUCGCCGCCGACUCCAAGGAGGGCUUCGACACGCAGUCCAAGAUCCAGAAGCUCUCCGACACCGUCUUCGCCGUCGGCGAGCAGCUCGCCCGCUCCCGCCGCGCCGGCCGCAUGUCCUCCCGCAUCGCCGCUGGCUCCACCCCCAAGUCCCUGCAUUGCCUCGCCAUGCGCCUCCUCGAGGCCCGCCUCGCCAAGCCCUCCGCCUUCGCCGACGACCCCGACCCGUCCCCCGCGUUCGAGGACCCCUCGCUCUACCACUACGCCAUCUUCUCCGACAACGUCCUCGCCGUCUCCGUCGUGAUUGCCUCCGCGACGCGCGCCGCCGCUGACCCCUCGCGCCACGUCUUCCACGUGGUCACCGCGCCCAUGUACCUGCCUGCAUUCCGUGUCUGGUUCGCGCGCCGCCCGCCGCCGCUUGGCGUACACGUCCAGCUCAUCGCCUACUCCGACUUCCUGUUCCUGAACGCCUCAUUCUCGCCGGUGUUCAGGCAGAUUGAGGCCGGCAAGAGGGACGUGACGUUGGUCGAUUACCUGAGAUUCUACCUGCCGGACAUGUUCCCGGCGCUGCAGAGGGUAGUGCUCUUGGAAGAUGAUGUGGUGGUGCAGAAGGAUUUAGCGGCGCUUUGGCAUGUCGACUUGGAUGGGAAGGUUAAUGGCGCCGUGGAGAUGUGCUUCGGGGGGUUCAGGAGGUACAGGAAGUAUCUCAACUUCACGCAGGCCAUAGUACGUGACAGGUUUAGUCCCAGUGCCUGUGCGUGGGAGUAUGGGGUCAAUGUAUUUGAUCUCGAGGCAUGGCGACGGGAUGGCUGCACCGAGCUGUUUCAUCAAUACAUGGAGCUGAAUGUGGAUGGUGCACUCUGGGAUCCGACAUCUGUUCUACCAGCAGGGCUGAUGACAUUCUAUGGCAAUACCAAGCCACUUGAUAAGUCAUGGCAUGUGAUGGGUCUUGGAUAUAAUCCAAGCAUCAGCCCUGAGAUUAUCCGUGGUGCUGCAGUGAUACACUUCAAUGGAAAUAUGAAGCCAUGGCUUGAUGUUGCUUUCAACCAGUACAAGGCUCUGUGGACCAAGCAUGUAGACACUGAAAUGGAGUUCCUGACACUAUGUAACUUUGGUCUCUGAAGAAAUGCUCCAAAAAUAAGGCAACCACCAAUAUAUUGUUCUUUUAUGGGCAAAAGAGCCCGCACGUGAAUUAUCUAUUUUUAUCUGUAGCGAAGUUUCUUACCUUUGUGGUGGUCAACUAUGUUCGUGUAGAUUUUGUAGUUUGUUGAUGAUAGUAUUUAAUUUUUUACUGUAGCUAAGAUGUAUUAGAUCAUUGUGGUAUAGUCGAAGUAUGUUAUAGAUGAACAUCUGUGUACUAUCUGUAGCAAACAUAUCUCCAACUGUAUUUAUGGAAAGGAGGAGAAAAUAUUGUAUCCAGAAUGACAAUUUAUGCUUUUUAUUAUGUCACCUUCUUAUUUUGUUUCA